AUGGACAGAUACCUGGAAAAUAAAAAAUGUCUGGACAGUGACGAAACAACGGAUGAUGGCACAAAAAGGAGGACAAGAGAUGAGGGUUCAGAUAACGAAGAAGAAAGGUCAACGAAGAGUCGAAAACUCUCCAAGACUUCAUCCAAAACAAUAGAUAACCAUGAUGAGACAAAACUGGAUAAAUUAAUAGACAUGAUGAACAUUCUGGCAAGUGACAUCAAAGAAAUAAGGAGAAAGCAAAACAGAAGUAAUGAAGCAAUAGAAAGACUAAUUGCUGAUAACCAGACUUUAAGAGAAGAAAAUAAAGACCUGAAGAAAGAAAAUAUGGAAAUCAAAAAGGAGUUAAAUGAAGUUAAGGAAACUAUUGAAUUCAUGGAAAAACAAAGAAGAAAGAACAAUGUAGUCAUGAGUGGACUAGCAAUUCGAACAUACGAUCAAAGCGUCUAA